GAUGGACAAGCUAAGUGCAGCGAACACGGAGUUUGCGCUGAACCUGUACCGCGAGCUGUGCGGAACCAGCGGAAACGUGUUCUUCUCGCCGUACAGCAUCUCCGUGGCGCUGGCCAUGACGUCCCUCGGCGCUCGCGGCAGCACGGAGGGCGCUAUGAAGGGGACGCUGUGUUUCCAGGGACAUGCCUAACGACACCCUGCACGGCACGUUCUCCAAACUGCACCAGCAGCUGUAUGCAAGUGACAAGUACACCCUGCAGACUGCAAACCGCCUGUACGGGGAGCAGACCUACAGUUUCCUACAGGACUUCCUGGAUGCCACCAACAAGAAUUACGGGGCAGAGCUGGCUGCUGUGGACUUCAAGGGCGCAGCUGAGCAGGUUCGAGGAACCAUCAACCAGUGGGUGGAGGAGCAAACCAAGAACAAGAUCAAAGACCUGAUCCCGGCCGGAGCAGUGGAUGCAAUGACAAGGUUAGUCCUGGUGAAUGCCAUCUACUUCAAGGGGAACUGGGACGAGCAGUUUGAUGCAAAUAUGACCCGCGACCGGGACUUCAACAUCAACAAUAAUGAGAAAGUCAAGGUGAAGAUGAUGAGAAAAGAGGCCAACUUCAACUACGGCGUCUUCGAGGAUCUGAAGUGUCGUGUCUUGGAGCUGCCUUAUGUGGAGAAGGAGCUGAGCAUGCUCAUCUUUCUGCCAGAUGCAGUGGAGGGCAUUAAGGACCUGGAGUCCUCUCUGACAGCAGCGACCUUGCAGACUGUCAGCAGCAAGAUGUACAGCACCAAGGUCAACCUGCUGCUGCCCCGCUUCAAACUGGAGCAGGAGUUUGGGCUGGGUGACACCCUGAAGAAGAUGGGUAUGGGAGAGGCUUUCAGCGAUGCAGCAGAUUUUUCUGGCAUGUCAGGAAGCAAGGAUCUCUUCAUCUCUGCUGUCGUGCACAAGGCUUUUGUGGAGGUCAACGAAGAAGGGACAGAGGCUGCCGCUGCCACAGGGGUAAUGAUGAGGGCGAGAAUGAUGCCACGCCGUCCCCAGGAGUUCAUAGCCGACCAUCCCUUCCUGUUCCUCAUCAGGGAAAACAGCUCCAACUCUGUGCUGUUUUUUGGACGCAUGUCUCAGCCUACGAUGGCCUGAGGCCACCUUCCCCUACUUCUUCUCACCCUGAGGCCACAGGGCCUGUAAGUAGUCAGCCUCUGGACAAAAAAUCUCCAUUCUCCUCUCUCAAAGGCUGACUUUAAUUCUCUGGUUUUUGUUUGUCUUAAUUUGCUUAAUUCGUAAUUAAAUACCUACAAGUUAUGUAAAAUUCUCAAACCUUGGUCCAUUGUAAUUCUACUGCUACUGUAUUGAUUAAUUUUUCAACCAUUGUUAAUUAAGUUGUGCUUGUUUGACUACCAUUUGGUGUAUCUUAUUACCUGGAUGUCUAACCUUAAUUGAAGGUUAAGAUGUUAAGGAAUGUUAAGAUUAAAGUGGGAACCAAAUUGUGACAAUGAGACAAUGAUUUACUAAGAAUUAUGGUCAUGAAGCAACAGUGACUUACAUUGUGUAUGUGAUAUCCAAAAGACUUGAAUUGUAUUUGAGAAGGAUAAAAUCACAUUAAAAACCAAUCUAAUGCAAUUUUGAUAACUUUCAUAUCAGGUGUUGCAAUAAUUAUGUCUGUUAUACUUAAUGUAACAAAAAAUAUGUUAAUAAUAAAUAAAUGAAUAGUUAAUUGUCAUUCAUUGUCUACCAUGUUUUUCAUCAGGGGCAAUCAUGUAAGUUUAGUCCUCUUCUAUUGCAGAAACAUUAUGCAAGAAUUAUGGUGCCUUUACUAUAUAAUAAUGAUAGCUAGAUAAAGAGUCUUUGUUUGACAAUGUUUUAUUCCAGCAGAGAAGGUACAUUACUAAAUUCCUUAAAUCUUGGAAUAAAAUUCUUUGGAUACAAUCUGACAAUGGUGUGAUUUUUGAUAAGUUAGUGUUUGAUUAGACUAUAAGAAAUGGUUAACUCUUUGUGAUCAUGUGAAAUCCUGACCUUUCUUAAUUCUGCUGACAUACCCAGUAUAAUGUGUAUCUGAUUUAAGAUCUUUUUUUAAGUCAAUGCCUGCGAGAUAUGCAUUUGAAUGUGCCAUGUCCACAUUUCUUCUCAUCUCUCAUAACUUCUAUUAGUGUGACUUGCUGACAAAGGCAGAGAGAAAGUAGGAAUGUUUUACGUUUUUCUGCCAUAAUUUAAAAGUCUUACAAGGAGGGCCAUUCAAGUACACCAUUAAUAGAGUUUCUAUGCCACUGAACUUCAGUUCUACCCUUCUUCUCCUUAGCAGGGGAGGACUAGAUUUACUCUGCAUCGUUAACAGUAUAGUUACAGCUUGAGUUACUUUUGGGAAGCACAUUAGUCCAGGAAUCCCCUGUUAAGGGGGAACAUGUAGGAAAAAGCAAGAGUUAAGUACACCAUUAAGGAGGGAGUUCCAGUUUGGUCCAAGGAGAUUUAAUAUAAACCCCUUCACUUUGGUCAUUCUAAGAUUUCGAUUCUUUUAAGUUAAACCUAAAAGCUGUAUCUCUGUAUGCAUACUAUAUUACUGCAUAC